UAUCUGGAUGAUCGCGCUCCUCGAGAAGUUAACUUCGUCUCUCUCUCUGCUCACUGUGAUCCAAUGUGGUUGGCUACUACCGUACAUCACCAGCCGGUCCGUCCGGUUCCGACGAUCUCCACCGCGGGUCCGAACCCGAAACUCGUGCAUCCCUGUCUUCCGAAACCGACAACGAAACCGUUUCGGUUCGGACCCUUCGGUGUCCGGCUCCGCCUUAACAAGUACAAAGUUUCGGCGGAAAAGAAGCAGCUCGCCGAGUUAGGGACUCAGAAUUCAGAUAGUGAGAAAUUAGAGGUAGGAGAAGAGAAAGUUGUAGAAGAAGAGAAAGUUGAAGGUUUGGAUUUGGGAUGGUUAGCUGCUUUUCCGCACGUGUUUAUAGCUUCCAUGUCGAAUUUUCUGUUCGGUUAUCACAUUGGGGUGAUGAAUGGUCCGAUUGUUUCGAUUGCCCGAGAACUCGGUUUCGAAGGGAAUUCGAUUCUGGAGGGACUUGUAGUUAGCAUUUUCAUUGUUGGUGCAUUUCUUGGAAGCAUAUGCUGCGGUACAAUUGUUGAUAAACUUGGUUGUAGAAGGACUUUUCAGAUUGCCACCAUUCCUCUCAUUCUUGGGGCAUUGAUAAGUGCACAAGCUCAUUCCUUGGAUGAAGUGACUUUUGGAAGGUUUCUUGUUGGCCUUGGCAUUGGUGUUGACACUGUUCUUGUACCAAUCUAUAUCUCAGAGAUUGCUCCAACAAAAUAUAGGGGUUCAUUGGGAACCUUGUGUCAAAUAGGAACGUGCCUUGGGAUUAUUUCAUCACUGUUUCUUGGAAUUCCCUCUGAAAAUGAUCCGCACUGGUGGAGGACGAUGCUUUAUAUUGCAAGUGUCCCUGGUUUUGUCCUUGCUCUUGGAAUGCAGUUUGCUGUAGAUAGCCCCCGUUGGCUAUGCAAGGUAGGGAGACUGGACAAUGCUAAAGAAGUUAUCAAAAAUGUUUGGGGAGCAUCUGAAGUUGAAAGGGCGAUUGAAGAAUUUCAGUCAGUUAUCAGGAAUGAUGGUAGUGAUUUGGACAGCAGCUGGUUUGAACUUUUGAAGGAGCCAAACUCAAGAGUUGCAUUCAUUGGAGGCGCCCUUUUUGUACUUCAACAGUUUGCAGGCAUAAAUGGAGUUCUUUACUUUUCAUCAUUGACUUUCGAAGACGUUGGAAUCACAAGUAGCGCUUUGGCAAGUUUGUUGAUCGGAGUUACGAACUUUGCAGGGGCACUUUGUGCUUUGUACUUGAUUGAUAAGCAGGGAAGGCAGAAGCUCUUGAUUGGAAGUUACUUGGGAAUGGCACUUUCGAUGUUUCUUGUGGUCUAUGCCAUCAGUUUUCCGUUAGAUGAGCAACUGAGUCACAACUUAUCAAUACUUGGAACAGUCAUGUACAUAUUCACCUUUGCAAUAGGAGCUGGCCCGGUGACUGGCCUUAUCAUACCAGAACUUAGCAGCAACAGGUCACGCGGGAAGAUCAUGGGAUUCAGCUUUUCUGCGCAUUGGGUUUGCAACUUUUUGGUGGGUCUAUUUUUCCUCGACUUAGUGGAGAAAUUCGGCGUUGCUCCAGUUUAUGGUACCUUCGGUGGAGUCUCCUUGUUGACAGCAAUUUUUGCAAACUACUUUAUCGUUGAAACUAAAGGCCGCUCCCUUGAGGAAAUAGAAAUGUCACUAACCUCCGAUUUCAGGGCUAGAGACAAGUGAGAGCUCAAAGAUCACGUUGAAGUUUCCACGAUGGAGAUUUUUUGGCGGUCAUUCUUUAUGUUUCGGUCUCCCAUCUCCAGGCAAGCUUUGUAGGAUUAUAGGAUCUGAUAUUGUACAUCACACUACACAUACAUGCUGUUAAAGCUGGCCAUUUUACUCGAUUUCAUUCUAGUUCGGUUCCCGGAAAAUUCUGUAUGGUGAAUACUUAGUACGCGUCAAAUUAUUCAGUCGAAUAUUCGGUUUGGUGUUGAUUGGAAGUCAAUUUUCAUGGUUCACACA